AUGAAUGGGGGCCACUGGGGGCUACUGGGCGACGGGGGCGGUGAUUGGACAAGCGAGCCACUGCCAGAGCCGCUAGCGGCCCCCGGUGGAGGCCGAAAGGACCAGCGAUGGACAAGUCGCUGGGCCAGCACAGGCAGCGCAGCCAUGGGUCGGAAGGGGAGACCGCUCGCUGCUUUUGCCGCCACCGGGCCCAGCCUCCCCUGA